AUGGUGGGUGAGGCAGUCAAAAAUGGACGUAUUUCUCCACUAUUAGUGGGAAGGGACAACAUAGAGUUGUCACAUCUCCAAUUUGCAGAUGACACAAUCUUAUUUUGCCCACAGGAAACGGAGACAAUAGUGAAUUAUAAGAGGCUUUUGCAGUGUUUUGAGUUGAUGUCUGGCCUGAGUAUUAACUUUGAUAAAACAUGCUUGAUCUCGGUUAACUGUGAGCAGGAAUGGAUGACGAACAAGUGUGGUUUGUUGGGAUGUGCUGAAGCUACUCUACCUGUCAGGUACCUAGAAAUUUCUCUUGGUGCAAACCCUCGAUUAGUGAAGGCCUGGAAACCGAUUAUAGACAAGGUGGAAGAUAAGUUUAGCUUGUGGAAAGCAAAGUCACUCAACAAAGCUGGUAAGUUGGUUCUCAUAAAAUCGGUUCUUAAUAGCUUGCCGAUUUACUACUUAAGCUUGUAUAAGAUGCCAAAGGCGGUUGCAGAAAAGAUAAUUAGGCUACAGAGAAGGUUCUUGUGGAGUAAAGAGGAUGGAAAAAACGGUAUACCACUUGUGAAGUGA